AUGUCGCGUGCGGUGAACGGCAUCACUGCGUGGGAGAAGCGGCAGGAGGAGUACCGGCACUGGCGCCGCGAGAACUUGAAGGGGUCGACGUAUUACCGGUUCUCCAGGCCACUCAAUACCCUGGGCGGCGCAGAGACAGAGGCGGAGGAGAACGAUGCCUUGCCGUCUCUGUACAACGCCUACGCUCCUGUUCUUUGCUCUUCCGAGGAGCGACACCGUAUUGAGCGCCGCCGACUGCGCGCCAUUGAGGCGGAGCGGACGGCGCGCUCGACCGCGCGCGCGCACGAGCAAGCGGCGUACGAGGACGAGGUGCUGCUCCAACGCACACGCAAGCUCCGUGGCGAGGCUGUUGACCUGCCCGACUCCUACCUGCGCGCCGCCUACCCUGAUCCGUCCACGUUCACCGGCUACGCAGAGCUGGUCACUGGAGAUGACAAGGGCCGCAGCUACCCAACACCGCAUGCAAGCAAGGCCGCCAGCGGUUAUCUCGCCAACCCGAAGCUCGUCGUGAAGGAUCAUCACCGUGCCAUGCAGCAGUACCUCGUGGCGAGGCAGCAAGCACGGCUCAAUCAGGAGGCGCAGCGCUUGGAAGCGGCCGAGCGUCAGCGGCGUGAUAUUGAGGCGCAGCUGACGGACUGCCAGUUGCAGGAAGCAGCCUACCUCGCGUCGUGGAUGGAGGGCCGCCCGCGGGUGUGUCGUGCGCGAGAGACAGAGCGGCACGCGCGGCAGGAGGCAGAGCAGCGCGCCUUGGAUGAGUGGAGCCGCGCGGCUCAGACGCGCGAGCGGGCGGCGUACGCCCUGUACGCCUCUCAUGAGGCAGCGGCCGCCACAGCGCAUCAGCAGGAGCUGCGCGCGCGUGCCGUUGCGCCGCGACCGUACAACCGCAAGGGCAUCUCUGGCAGCCAUCGUCCUGAGCAAGAGGUGCAGCCUUUGCCAGCGACGUCAGCUGCAGAGUACAAUAGGGCUGCAGCGCGCGUGCCAAGCCCGCCGCCUACUGGCGUUUCGGACUCGUCAGGGACCGUCGGCUGUCCUCCGCAAGCAGCCGCUCCCCCACUGCCGAUGGUGCCGAGUCAGGCACCGGAGAAGUUGGCGCGGGCAGCUCGGCCCGUAACACCCGCCGUGCGCCCCGAGACACCGGCGCUGCCGCCAUCUCAGGUGGUGGGCCCCACCUCGACAAACUUCUUCAACGAGGUGAAGCAGUGGACGCGGGAUUUUCCGUCGCCCAACGCCGUUCCCGUCAACGGCUCCGACGCCGCGUACCGGCGGGCGUGGAAGGCAGAGCUAGAAGAGGGGCAGCUUCGCUUUAAUCGUGAAAUGACGCAGCGGCAGCGCGAAGAUAUUGCGCGCCGUGUGCAAGAGGCGCGCGAGAAGAUGUUUGAGGGAAGCUGGCAGCAGGCAGAACAGAAGCGGCACGAGAAGCGUGAGCUGGCGGCGCGGCGCGCCGAUCAUACGCAGGCAGAGGUCGAGGCCGCCACGGCGGUGCGGUUGGAGGUGCGGCUGGAGUCGCAUCGCGCCCAGCAGCAGAGAAUGAUGCAGGCCGCCGAGCGCUACAACGAGACCCAGUUCCUGCGGCAGCAGUCGAAGCAGCGUGAGAUGGUGCUGCGAUCGGUGGAGGAGGAGGAGCUUCAGCAGCUGCGCAUGAUGGCGUCGUCCGCCUCAGCGGCGAAUCGCGGGUGA